AUGACCGGGAUGGCUGAUAUUUCUUCUUUGACGCUCAAAGUCGUCUUUGCGAUAUACGUUGACUCGUAUUGCUUCGUGUUUGCGACAGCUAUGCUGCAGCACGCAUUCGGAGUCAAUCGCAACCUGGACUUUAUCUAUCUGUUCCUCGUCGAAAAGGCACAUGUUAUUCGAGCAUCUACGAAACUACGGCUUCAGUCAAAACUGUACAUUUUCAACUCGUUUGGAAUGCUGGGAGUGUACACCGUUGUCGUCAUUCUCAAUUUUAUCUUCCGGAUUGCCCGUAUGGAAAAUGGACAGUGCAUAAUUGGUAUGCAGAGCAUCUCCAUGAUACCUCUGAUAUCCUUUGACGCCGUUGUCAAUGUGUACCUGACCAUUCUCUUUCUCAUACCGUUGAAGAUUUUGUUCUCUGCCAUUGUGAUACAAUGGGUCACAUCCAAGGACAAUGCUGGAACAUCCAUCAGCAGCUCUCUGAGGGUCUAUAAUGGGAAUGGUAACGGAAAUUGCAGCCCAUAUGGUCAGCAUGUGAAGGCGCCACAUGACCGGCGUCGUUUAUCCCGCAGCUUUUCGCCUUGUCUCCUCGAUGCAGCCAGCUCGUCGCCGACGACCCCCUCCGAAUACCCGCUCGUGACUACAACGCGCUGUUGCUCGCAGGCGGUCGAGUACGACGCCGAGUCGUACGACUCGGCAAGCAUGUCGGCGGCCAAGAUACUCGCCGCCGAGCAGAAACGUCCGGCCGUCAUCGUGACGACGACCAUUGAGCGCGACACCGCACCCAUCGAGACUCUGGAUUCACCAUUGAAGCAAACAACGUCGCAUGACUUACUGGGGGGUAGAGCGCACCGCCAUUCGCACAUGGACACGUCUGCGGUGACAACUUCGGAUGUGCUCAGACGGGUGAGCACGGGCGCUGGUCCUUGGGAGACGGUGUACACGGAGCACUUGAUGCACGGGAGGACAUCAUCAGGGGCGCGAGUGUAA